ACAGGAUGGUUCAGAAGAACAUCACAAUGUUUAUCAGGAUUAUCAGGUUAUGAAUCCAAGUAAAGAUCUGAACAUUAUAUAUGUUACUGAGAAAUAUGAGAGGGAUGAUGAGCAGAGCAUAGAGGACAUGCCUACAGAUAACUGCCCAGAUGACUAUACCAGGAACUCAGACGAACAUCUGGUAUCUUCAGAUUUUGAAGUAUAUGAUCGUGUUUUCACACAAGAUACAUAUGAGGAACAUGCCAACAUCCACGAGAUAUACUCAUUCAUUUACAAUGGAAAUGUAUCUGAUCCUUUUAAACAGGUCCAGUUUUCAACACAAAAUAAAAGUCACAAAAAAGCUGAACAUCAGACAACUCACAUAAGGGAGAAGCCAUUUUCAUGUUUAAAAUGUGGGAAAUGUUUUGCUGCAAAAAGAGAUCUUGAUAGCCAUCAGAGAAUUCACACAGGGGAGAAACCAUAUUCAUGUUCAGAAUGUGGGAAAUGUUUUUCAGUAAAACAAAAUCUGGUUAGACAUCAAAUUACUCACACAGGGGAGAAGCCAUUUUCAUGUUUAGAAUGUGGGAGAUAUUAUAGAUAUGAAUCGGAACUUGUUACACAUCAGAGAAUUCAUACCGGGGAGAAUCUAUUUUCAUGUUCACAAUGUGGCAAAUGUUUUGCUGUGAAACGAAAUCUGGUCAGACAUCAAAGAACUCACACAGGGGAGAAGCCAUUUUCAUGUUCAGAAUGUGGGAAAUGUUUUGCAGAUAGAUCAAAUCUUUUUAAACAUCAGCUAAGUCACACAGGGGAGAAGCCAUUUUCAUGCUCAGAUUGUGGGAAAUGUUUUCCUGUAAAAAAAGAUCUCGUUAGACAUCAGAAAAUUCACACAGGGGAGAAACCACAUUUAUGUUCAGAAUGUGGCAAAUGUUUUGCUGCAAAAAAAGAUCUCGUUAGACAUCAGAGAAUUCACACAGGGGAGAAGCCGUAUUCAUGUUCACAGUGUGGCAAGUGUUUUACUAUAAAACAAACUCUGGUCACACAUCAAAGAACUCACACAGAGGAGAAACUAUUUUCAUGUUCAGAAUGUGGGAAAUGUUUUAACCAUAAAUCAGCUCUUGUUAUACAUAAGAGAAUCCACACAGGUGAGAAGCCAUAUUCAUGUUCAGAAUGUGGAAAAUGUUUUGCUGUUAAACAAAAUCUGGUCUCACAUCAAAGAACUCAUACACCGGAGAAGCCAUUUUCAUGUUCACAAUGUGGGAAAUGUUUUAGGCAGAAACCAGAACUUGCUAAACAUGAGAGAAUCCACACAGGGGAGAAGCCAUUUUCAUGUUCAGAAUGUGGCAAAUGUUUUGCUGAAAAACAAAUAUUGGUUACGCAUCAAAAAACUCACACAGGAGGGAAACCAUUUUCAUGUUCAGAAUGUGGAAAAUGUUUUGCACAUAAAUCAUAUCUUUUUAAACAUCAACAAAGUCACACAGGGAGGAACCUAUUUUCAUGCUCAGAAUGUGGGAAAUGCUUUACAGAUAAAUCAUACCUUGUAAUACAUCAGAGGAUUCACACAGGAGAAAAGCCAUUUUCAUGUUCAGAAUGUGGUAAAUGUUUUGCUGGAAAACAAAGUCUGGUCAGACACCAAAGAACUCAUACAGGAGAGAAGCCAUUCUCUUGUUCAGAAUGUGGAAAAUGUUUUGCUUUAAAAACAACUCUGGUCAUACAUCAAAGAAUUCACACAGGGGGGGAACUAUUUUCAUGUUCAGAAUGUGGGAAAUGUUUUUACCAUAAAUCAACUCUUGUUACACAUCAGAAAAUCCACAAAGGGGAGAUGCCAUUUUCAUGUUCAGAAUGUGGGAAAUGUUUUGCUGUUAAACAAACUCUGGUCUCACAUUACAGAACUCAUACACAGGAGAAGCCAUAUUUGUGUUCUGAAUGUGGGAAAUGUUUUAGACAGAAAUCAGAUCUUGUUAAACAUGAGAGAAUCCACACUGGGGAGAAGCCAUAUUCAUGUUCAGAAUGUGGGAAAUGUUUUGCUAAAAAAUAUGCCCUGGUUACACAUCAAAGAACUCACACAGGUGGAAAGCCAUUUUCAUGAUCAGAAUGUGGGAAAUGCUUUAUAAAUAAAUCAUACCUUGUCAUACAUCAAAGAACUCACACAGGCGAGAAGCGAUAUGCUCAUAAUGUGGGAAACAUUUUGGACAUAAAUCAUAUCUUGUUACACAUCAGAGAGUUCACACAGGAAAGAAGCCGUAUUCAUGUUCAGAAUGUGGGAAAUGUUUUGUCCAACGAUCAAAUCUUAUUAAGCAUCAAAAAACUCAUACAUUUCAUUUCAUUUACUGUCAAUACAUUAAGUAGAAACUAAAAUAUAGAAUAGUACACACAUGGUAAAUCACAUCACAUACAAGAAUAGGAGGAAGCAAUUUUCAACACUAGAUGAUAGUUAAAAAAUAUGUAAAUACCAGAAAACUUCUUUUAUAAAAAAAAACACAACAACAACACAGAAUUCAGAUUACAUACCUAUAUAUUAACCCUGUGAGUGCAAUAUUAAUUUAUAUAAAUGUGCCAUAU